AUGCCGCCCCAGAAAGUCGCCCACGCCGCCGUAACUGGCUUCGACAACGCCUCAGCAUAUGACGUCCAUCGCCCCUCGUACCCAGCUGAUGCAGUCGAGGCUCUGCUGCGCAACCUCGACGUUGCCAACAGGCCUCGUGCGAAGAUAGUCGAUCUCGCAGCCGGCACGGGCAAGUUCACAGAGCUACUGGCUGCUCGAGAGGAGCAGUAUGACAUUGUGGCAGUGGAGCCGGUAGCAAAGAUGCGCCAGAGUCUCGUAGGCAAGCAUUUGGAGCAUGUCGAGGUAAUAGAUGGACUAGCCACGAGCAUAAAUCUAGGCGAUGGGUGGGCGGAUGCCGUCAUUGCAGCCCAGUCGUUCCACUGGUUUGCAAACGAGGAAGCACUGAAGGAGAUUCGUCGGGUGCUCAAGCCGGGAGGCAGGUUGGGCAUCAUUUGGAACAUUGAGGAUUAUAACCAACCGGCGGAUUGGACGGCAUCGACUGCCUGGGAAAAGGAAUUGAAGCAGCUCAUCCUUGCCCUCCCGCCGGACGGCACAAAUCGAUUCCGAGACGACAAAUGGCGGGACGUGUUUGAGCGGCAAGCUCGUGACCCAGCGCCGUUGUUUGCCGUGCCUAUUGGUCAAGAAAAGAUUCCGUUUACGGUCUGGCUGGCCAAGGAGUUGCUGUGGGAUCGAAUCCAGACGUUGAGUCAGGUUGCGGUGCUUCGAGAUGCGGAUAAGGACGCGUUUAGGGCCAAGUUUGAUGGGAUUAUGAGCGAGGGGGACCAGGUCUGGAAUGAGAAGGAGGAGGUUGAAUUCCAUGGGUUCACGGUGUAUGCGUGGACAAGGAGGAUUUAG